GUAUGGAGGGGGAUGCAGACCUCCAGUUCUUGCUGGUGGGUGGAGACCUUCUGAAGGUGAAAUCUUCCUCCUGGAAGAAGACCCGCUUCUACAAGCUACAGGAGGACUGCCAGACCAUGUGGCACGAGUCCAAGAAGAUCUUCAAGUCCUCCCAGACCUGUGAGUGCUGUCUGUGCAAACCACCAUGGUGCAAUCCAUCCACCUGUAUGAUAUCCCAACACCACCCCACCCCUGUCUCUCUAGUGUUGGGGUGUGGUGGAUAGGAGUUUGUUGGCUCUCUGUUCUGUUUUCACUCUUCUUCUCCAUAGAUAGGGUUUAUUUGUUAAUAAAUAUUUAGUAGUGUAUCUGCUUGAAAAGGAGGAAUUAAUAAAUAGUCUCCAAUCUACGAAUCCAGAAUGUUUUAGAAUCAGCACCACCAGUUCCUAACGCACCAGCCCCAAAGCCCUAUCCUCUAUCCAAAGGCCCAACCUCAUUCCUCCACCAACCCUCCCCCCGGCUAAUGAAACACUGUUCCCAAUAAAACCACUCAAACCCCGCGUUCCAAAAAACAUAACCCUCCCUGUGCCCAAAAAUAACCACCUAAACCCUUCCCUGUUGGGCCCAAAGAAACCACCAACCCUCCCCUGGGGCCCAAAAAAACCAUCAACCCCCUGUUCAAUAAAACCCCAACACCCCCCCUGUUCCCAAAAAAAACCACCCAACCUCCCCAAAACAAAAAAUAAGUUUACAACCCUUCCUUAUUUUGGACAACCCUCUCCCCCAGUAUAUAGAUAUGUCCCUAUAGGCUACAUUAUAUAUUUUAUUCAUUGUUAUUGAUCCCGCUAUUCCCCCCUCUUACAUACGCUUUAUUGUCUUGAUAGUUUAUUUUAUAUCUAUCAUCCUGAGGGGGAACGAAAUCACACUACUUCCUCCUUUAAAAAAAAUACCUCUUAUUGCCCAUAAAGUACUAACUAUCCUCCUACUCUGUCUCUCCCAUCCUCAGUUGAGGGAUCAGACCCCAGUUCUUGCUGGUGGGUGGAACCUUUUGGGUGAAAACUUCCCCUGGAAAAGACCACGCUUCUACAAACCCACAGGAGGAAAUGCCACCAUGUGGCACAGUCCAAUAAGAUCUUCAGUCCUCCCAGACCUGUGAGUCUGUCUGUGGGAAAACCCCCAUGGGCAAUCCCUCCACGCGUGUGUAUAUCCCCACCACCCGACCGUCUGUCUCUCUAGUGUUGGGGUGUGGUGGAUAGGAGUUUGUUGGCUCUCUGUUCUGUUUUCACUCUUCUUCUAUGGUGUCCAGUGGGAGAUAGGGGUGUAAAUUUUUAUUAAUAUUAAUUUAUAGUGUAUCUGCUUGUGAAAAUGGGAGUCGUAAUUACCUUAAGGUGAAACCUAUCUAGUCCUCUCAGAUCUACAGGAAUGCCUAGGGUUAGGGUAGGGAAUGUUUUAGAAUUCAGCACCAGCACCAGUAUCCUCUAACUCCAAAGGCACCAGUAUCCUCUAACUCCAAAGGCACCAGUAUCCUCUAUUGCCAAAGGCACCAGUAUCCUCUAAUGCCAAAGGCACCAGUAUCCUCUAACUCCAAAGGCACCAGUAUCCUCUAACUCCAAAAGCACCAGUAUCCUCUAACUCCAAAAGCACCAGUAUCCUCUAACUCCAAAGGCACCAGUAUCCUCUAACUCCAAAGGCACCAGUAUCCUCUAACUCCAAAGGCACCAGUAUCCUCUAACUCCAAAGGCACCAGUAUCCUCUAACUCCAAAGGCACCAUAUCCUCUAACUCCAAAGCACCAGUAUCCUCUAACUCCAAAGGCACCAGUACCCUCUAACUCCAAAGGCACCAGUAUCCUCUAACUCCAAAGGCACCAGUAUCCUCUAACUCCAAAGGCACCAGUAUCCUCUAACUCCAAAAGCACCAGUAUCCUCUAACUCCAAAGGCACCAGUACCCUCUAACUCCAAAAGCACCAGUAUCCUCUAACUCUAAAGGCACCAGUAUCCUCUAACUCCAAAAGCACCAGUAUCCUCUAACUCCAAAGGCACCAGUAUCCUCUAACUCCAAAGCUUUGCCCCCCCAGGCCAGGGUAUAGUCAGAGUAGGAAGACUGGCCUGGCCAGGAUAUGGGCUUGGCAUACAUCUUGUUAAUUGUGGGCGUGGUAGGGAGAUUGAAUAGAUAGAAUAGCUGUUGGUGGUUUGGGGAGAUGUCAAAUAAAUACCUUUAAACUCAGUAGGUCUCUCAGAUAAAAAUCUUAAAAUAACUAUUAUCUUUUUCUGUUAUGGUAAUCACUGCAAUCUGUACAGGUAUCUAAUCUGACAUUAAUAUAGAUAAAUGGAAAAGGUGGAUAGUUUUUUAUUUCUUUUAUUUAGGCUGGUAUAAUUAAAUACAUAUACAGUGGGGAGAACAAGUAUUUGAUGCACUGAUUUUGCAGGUUUUCCUACUUACAAAGCAUGUAGAGGUCUGUAAUUUUUAUCAUAGGUACACUUCAACUGUGAGAGACGGAAUCUAAAACAAAAAUCCAGAAAAUCACAUUGUAUGAUUUUUAAGUAAUUAAUUUGCAUUUUAUUGCAUGACAUAAGUAUUUGAUCACCUACCAACCAGUAAGAAUUCCGGCUCUCACAGACCUGUUAGUUUUUCUUUAAGAAGCCCUCCUGUUCUCCACUCAUUACCUGUAUUAACUGCACCUGUUUGAACUCGUUACCUGUAUAAAAGACACCUGUCCCCACACUCAAUCAAACAGACUCCAACCUCUCCACAAUGGUCAAGACCAGAGAGCUGUGUAAGGACAUCAGGGAUAAAAUUGUAGCCCUGCACAAGGCUGGGAUGGGCUACAAGACAAUAGGCAAGCAGCUUGGUGAGAAGGCAACAACUGUUGGCGCAAUUAUUAGAAAAUGGAAGAAGUUCAAGAUGACGAUCAAUCACCCUCGGUCUGGGGCUCCAUGCAAGAUCUCACCUCGUGGGGCAUCAAUGAUCAUGAGGAAGGUGAGGGAUCAGCCCAGAACUACACGGCAGGACCUGGUCAAUGACCUGAAGAGAGCUGGGACCACAUUCUCAAAGAAAACCAUUAGUAACACACUACGCCGUCAUGGAUUAAAAUCCUGCAGCGCACGCAAGGUCCCCCUGCUCAAGCCAGUGCAUGUCCAGGCCCGUCUGAAGUUUGCCAGUGACCAUCUGGAUGAUCCAGAGGAGGAAUGGGAGAAGGUCAUGUGGUCUGAUGAGACCAAAAUAUAGCUUUUUGGUCUAAACUCCACUCGCCGUGUUUGGAGGAAGAAGAAGGAUGAGUACAACCCCAAGAACACCAUCCCAACCGUGAAGCAUGGAGGUGGAAACAUCAUUCUUUGGGGAUGCUCUUUUGCAAAGGGGACAGGACGACUGCACCGUAUUGAGGGGAGGAUGGAUGGGGCCAUGUAUCGCGAGAUCUUGGCCAACAACCUCCUUCCCUCAGUAAGAGCAUUGCAGAUGGGUCGUGGCUAGGUCUUCCAGCAUGACAACGACCCGAAACACACAGCCAGGGCAACUAAGGAGUGGCUCCGUAAGAAGCAUCUCAAGGUCCUGGAGUGGCCUAGCCAGUCUCCAGACCUGAACCCAAUAGAAUAUCUUUGGAGGGAGCUGAAAGUCCGUAUUGCCGAGCGACAGCCCCGAAACCUGAAGGAUCUGGAGAAGGUCUGUAUGGAAGAGUGGGCCAAAAUCCCUGCUGCAGUGUGUGCAAACCUGGUCAAGACCUACAGGAAACGUAUGAUCUCUGUAAUUGCAAACAAAGGUUUCUGUACCAAAUAUUAAGUUCUGCUUUUCUGAUGUAUCAAAUACUUAUGCCAUGCAAUAAAAUGCAAAUUAAUUACUUAAAAAUCAUACAAUGUGAUUUUCUGGAUUUUUGUUUUAGAUUCCGUCUCUCACAGUUGAAGUGUACCUAUGAUAAACAUUACAGACCUCUACAUGCUUUGUAAGUAGGAAAACCUGCAAAAUCGGCAGUGUAUCAAAUACUUGUUCUCCUCACUGUAUGUAUGUACUUGACAUGAUUUGAUAUUUCAUUCAGCUUCAUGAUGUCACCUUUUUAUGGGUUAAAUCUUUAGGUUCACAGACCAUAAAAGUGUGUCAACACAGAGAGAGAGUUUGAUAAUAACCAUGGUGAUAGGAGUUUAUGGCUUUCUUAAUCUCUCUUAGCCCUGACAGGUCUCUGAGUCAGAGAGAAAUUAGUGCUUUCAUUGGAUAAGCUGUUUUUUUUUCACAAAAAGGAGUUAAAGAAAGUAUUUGAAGGAAUGGGUUUCAGCUGAGCAUUUUGUUCGUAGUUUUUAACAAGGGGUUUCAAGGGUCUAAAUAUUUUUUUCCAUACAUGUAUGGGUCUUUAAGUGAGUCUUUAUUUUAUUUUAUUUAUUUUAUUUGAUCUUUUAUAUACAUUUGAAAUUAGGUGUUGUUUUUGUUUUUGUCAAUUCUGUCAUCUUGAGUGGAAAUUUCCAGAGCUGAUUUUUGAGUAUUUAUAGUCUAUUAUAUUUUAUGACACAAAGCAAAGUUCACUUGAAUGCAGAACAUGCACAGAAGACUAACUGAACAAAAGCCUCAGCCAAUUUAGUAUCCAAAGUACACAAAAAAACAUCCCCGAGUAGUAGUCAUUUAUGCAGGACUGGAAUAAUCUAGUUCCUGGUUCUAGGGAACGCCAAACCUUAACUGUCUUUUGCACGUUUCCUACAGUGGGGAAAAAAAGUAUUUAGUCAGCCACCGAUUGUGCAAGUUCUCCCACUUACAAAGAUGAGAGAGGCCUGUAAUUUUCAUCAUAGGUACACGUCAACUAUGACAGACAUAUUGAGGGGAAAAAAUCCAGAAAAUCACAUUGUAGGAUUUUUUAUGAAUUUAUUUGCAAAUUAUGGUGGAAAAUAAGUAUUUGGUCACCUACAAACAAGCAAGAUUUCUGGCUCUCACAGACCUGUAACUUCUUCUUUAAGAGGCUCCUCUGUCCUCCACUCGUUACCUGUAUUAAUGGCACCUGUUUGAACUUGUUAUCAGUAUAAAAGACACCUGUCCACAACCUCAAACAGUCACACUCCAAACUCCACUAUGGCCAAGACCAAAGAGCUGUCAAAGGACACCAGAAACAAAAUUGUAGACUUGCACCAGGCUGGGAAGACUGAAUCUGCAAUAGGUAAGCAGCUUGGUUUGAAGAAAUCAACUGUGGGAGCAAUUAUUAGGAAAUGGAAGACAUACAAGACCACUGAUAAUCUCCCUUGAUCUGGGGCUCCACGCAAGAUCUCACUCCGUGGGGUCAAAAUGAUCACAAGAACGGUGAGCAAAAAUCCCAGAACCACACGGGGGACCUAGUGAAUGACCUGCAGAGAGCUGGGAACAAAGUAACAAAGCCUACCAUCAGUAACACACUACCCCCGCCAGGGACUCAAAUCCUGCAGUGCCAGACGUGUCCCCCUGCUUAAGCCAGUACAUGUCCAGGCCCGUCUGAAGUUUGCUAGAGUGCAUUUGGAUGAUCCAGAAGAGGAUUGGGAGAAUGUCAUAUGGUCAGAUGAAACCAAAAUAGAACUUUUUGGUAAAAACUCAACUCGUCGUGUUUGGAGGACAAAGAAUGCUGAGUUGCAUCCAAAGAACACCAUACCUACUGUGAAGUAUGGGGGUGGAAACAUCAUGCUUUGGGGCUGUUUUUCUGCAAAGGGACCAGGACGACUGAUCCGUGUAAAGGAAAGAAUGAAUGGGGCCAUGUAUCGUGAGAUUUUGAGUGAAAACCUCCUUCCAUCAGCAAGGGCAUUGAAGAUGAAACGUGGCUGGGUCUUUCAGCAUGACAAUGAUCCCAAACACACCGCCCGGGCAACGAAGGAGUGGCUUCGUAAGAAGCAUUUCAAGGUCCUGGAGUGGCCUAGCCAGUCUCCAGAUCUCAACCCCAUAGAAAAUCUUUGGAGGGAGUUGAAAGUCCAUGUUGCCCGGCGACAGCCCCAAAACAUCACUGCUCUAGAGGAGAUCUGCAUGGAGGAAUGGGCCAAAAUACCAGCAACAGUGUGUGAAAACCUUGUGAAGACUUACAGAAAACGUUUGACCUGUGUCAUUGCCAACAAAGGGUAUAUAACAAAGUAUUGAGAAACUUUUGUUAUUGACCAAAUACUUAUUUUCCACCAUAAUUUGCAAAUAUAUUCAUUAAAAAUCCUACAAUGUGAUUUUCUGGAUUUCUUUUUCUCAUUUUGUCUGUCAUAGUUGACGUGUACCUAUGAUGAAAAUUACAGGCCUCUCUCAUCUUUUUAAGUGGGAGAACUUGCACAAUUGGUGGCUGACUAAAUACUUGUUUUCCCCACUGUAUGUGGUUUCCUGUUUAUCCAAAUUAUCUCUUGUUUAUCAUUAUUUUUCUCUGUUUGUGCUUUAAUAAUAAUAAUACAUGGGAUUUAUAGAGUGCUUUUCAAGGACCCAAAGUUAAAAAAAAAAAAUGAAUAAAGAGAGGGGUGGCUCAAGAAAGGGAAAGCGUGUGAUGUAUCAGUGUAUGGGGAGGGUAGGGUUGGGAUUAGGAUACAAACCCGGUUUAGGGUAAGGGGCGGGAUUGGGGUUAGGAUACAAACCCGGUUUAGGGUAAGAGGUAGGGUAAGGGUUUAUGUUAAGUGGUGCUCAGUACGGUGGAGCGAGGAGUGUCACACACAUACACGCAAAGCAAUACUGCAAAGACACUCCUCUCCCCCCCGGGACUGAAAGAUGAGGGAGGGAGUUCCAGAGCCUAGGAGCAACCCUGGAGAAAGCCCUGUCACCGAAGCGCUGGAGCUUGGACCUGGGGAUGACAAGGUGGCCUGCUGUGUGGGGGUCAGAAGGAGGAUCUUGUAAUCAAUGCGUUGGGGCAAUUUCACGGUAAAGUGUACACCUGUUGUAUUCGGCGCAUGUGACAAAUACAACUUGAUUUGAUUUGAUAGGGGGGGGGGGGGGGGUUAUGCGCUGCCUGGACUUAUUGAGGGUGAGGAGUCGGGCUUUGAUAUUCAACACUGGUUCUUUGGUAUUCAACACUGGUUCUUUGGAAUUCAACACUGGUUCUUUGGUAUUCAACACUGGUUCUUUGGUAUUCAACACUGGUUCUUUGGUAUUCAACACUGGUGCUUUGGUAUUCAACACUGGUGCUUUGGUAUUCAACACUGGUGCUUUGGUAUUCAACACUGGUUCUUUGGUAUUCAACACUGGUGCUUUGGUAUUCAACACUGGUGCUUUGGUAUUCAACACUGGUGCUUUGGUAUUCAACACUGGUGCUUUGGUAUUCAACACUGGUGCUUUGGUAUUCAACACUGGUGCUUUGGUAUUCAACACUGGUGCUUUGGUAUUCAACACUGGUGCUUUGGUAUUCAACACUGGUUCUUUGGUAUUCAACACUGGUUCUUUGGUAUUCAACACUGGUGCUUUGGUAUUCAACACUGGUUCUUUGGUAUUCAACACUGGUGCUUUGGUAUUCAACACUGGUUCUUUGGUAUUCAACACUGGUUCUUUGGUAUUCAACACUGGUUCUUUGGUAUUCAACACUGGUGCUUUGGUAUUCAACACUGGUUCUUUGGUAUUCAACACUGGUUCUUUGGUAUUCAACACUGGUGCUUUGGUAUUCAACACUGGUUCUUUGGUAUUCAAGCAUCAGUUGUCAGAGCACCUUACCGAUCACUGCACCUGUACACAGCCCAUCUGAAAUUAGCCCUCCCAACUACCUCAUCCCUAUAUUGUUAUUUAUUUUGCUCAUUUGUACCCCAGUAUCUCUAUUUGCACAUCAUCUCUUGCACAUCUAUCAUUCCAGUGUUAAUACUAAUUGUAAUUAUUUUGCACUAUAGCCUAUUUUAUUGCCUUACCUCCAUAACUUGCUAAAUUUGCACACACUGUAUAUAUAUGUAUUUCUGUUGUAUUUUUGACUUUGUUUUGUUUUACCCCAUAUGUAACUCUGUGUUGUUGUUUUUAUCGCACUGCUUUGCUUUAUCUUGGCCAGGUCGCAGUUGUAAAUGAGAACUUGUUCUCAACUGGUUUACCUGGUUAAAUAAAGGUGAAAAAAAACAAAAAAAAAAAAAAAAAAAACAAUAUAGUCUGAGUGAUCCUGUUGUAGACAAUAACCUCCCCUCCCCUCCUCUCCCUCCUCCCCUCCUCUCCUCUCCCUCCUCUCCUCUCCUCUCCUCUCCUCUCCUCUCCUCCUCCUCUCCUCUCCUCUCCUCUCCUCUCCUCUCCUCUCCUCUCCCCUCCCCUCCUCCUCCCCUCCCCUCUCCUCCCCUCCUCUCCCUCCCCUCUCCUCUCCUCUCCUCCCCUCCCUCUCCCCUCCCCUCCUCUCCUCUCCCCUCCCCUCCCCUCCCCUCUCCUCCCCUCCUCUCCCCUCCCCUCCCCUCCUCCUCCUCCUCUCCUCUCCUCUCCUCUCCUCCCCUCCUCUCCCCCUCCUCUCCUCUCCCCUCUCCCUCUCCUCCCUCCUCUCCCCUCCUCUCCCCUCCCCUCCCCUCCUCUCUUCUACAGUCUCCAUUGAGGACAUCUCGGCGGUGCGUGCUGGCCGUCAAUCGGAUGGUCUGAGGAAGAACACAGAGGAGCCGGUGGAGGGGAGAUGUUUCUCCAUAAUCUUCAAGGUUCUUUUAAAUAUUUUUUAACAACUCAAUUUGCAGUAUAUUCAAUGGAAUUUCAGUCAGGCUUUAUUUCGUGGUACAGUAUUACAGAGAUGGCAGUGGUUGGAGUUCAAGCAGAGAUGGCAGUGGUUGGAGGUCAGACAGAGAUUAGGUACAGCAUAAUCUCUCGUGGACAGACGCACGUAACAUAGGGUGAUAUCGAAGCGUCUGUCAACAGACUGUGGGAUGCGACGACUAACGAGGAACUUUGUUCCGGUGCGCAGAUUUUUUUAGUCACUAAUCAUUUGGACAAAUCACGAUUUCGCAGGUGUUAGCAUCUUUCGACUGUAAGAAGGGGAGGGGACAUUUGGCCAUGCUUUGGCUGAGAGUUUCUGUUUAGGGGGGUGGAGAGUUCUCUUGUCUCGUUAAUAUCUUUACUAAGAGUAAACCCCAGAACCUAAUGGAUCAUCUGACACAUUUACACAAGAUUAUAGUGCUGGGUUUCUGAGAUUAGGUACGGCAUUGCAUUUACAUGAUCACAUUUACAUCACAGUUGCAUUUGCCCCUCCAUUAUCUUUAAGGGCAGAAGAAAGAAUGUGGACCUGAUGGCCAGCUCUGAGGAGGAGGCCAAGCAGUGGGUCGCCAGUCUGGAGAAGAUCAUGUCCAACAUGGGGAACGUCAACCGUCGGCAGAAGACCGAGCAGUAUCCUUCUCACAGAUAUAGAGUCAGAACCACAGAAACAGAAUCUAUAGAAAGGGCUUGGAAUCUCUAACUCUGGCAAUUGGACUGGUAAACUCAUGAGUACAAUGGCUGCCAGUCCACCCGUUAUGCGAUCAUUGACUUGAAUGGGGAGGUCCGUUCUAUAGAUUCCAUUUCCAUGGUCAUAACAGCCUAGUUGUGAUUAGGGUACUAUUUCUCAAAGUAUACUUUAGUUACUAACCAUUUGUUUUUGAGAAACCUGUAUUCAUUUGAAAUUACUGAAUCGAUAUUGUAGUGGGCAGUAAUAUUUGAUGGUGAAUAUUCAGUAUAUUAUAUAUACAUAACAUGUGACUCGUAAUAAGGCUAAGGUUGUACAGGUUAGUCGAAGUAAUUUGUACAUGUAGGUAGGGGUAAAGUGACUAUGCAUAGAUAAUAAACAUCGAGUAGCAGCAGUGUAAAAACAUAAGAGGGCGGGGUCAAUGUAAAUAGUCCGGGUGGCCAUUUGAUUAAUUGUUCAGCAGUCUUAUAGCUUGGGGUAGAAGCUGUUAAGGAGCCUUUUGGACCUAGACUUGGCGCUCCGGUACCGCUUGCCGCGCGGUAGCAGAGAGAACAGUCUAUGACUUGGGUGACUGGAGUCUUUGACAAUGUUUUGGGCCUUCCUCUGACACCGCCUAGUGUAUAGGUCCUGGAUGGCAGGAAGCUUGGCCCCAGUGAUGUAUUAGGCCGUACGCACUACCCUCUGUAGCGCCUUACGGUCGGAUGCUGAGCAGUUGCCAUACCAGGCGGUGAUGCAACCGGUCAGGAUGCUCUCGAUGGUGCAGCUGUAGAAGUUUUUGAGGAUCUGGGGACCCAUGCCAAAUAUUUUCAGUCUCCUGAGGGGGAAUAGGCUUUGUCGUGCCCUCUUCACGACUGUCUUGGUGUGUUUGGACCAUGAUAGUUCGUUGGUGAUGUGGACACCAAGGAACUUGAAACUCUCGACCCGCUCCACUACAGCCCCGUCGAUGUGAAUGGGGGCGUGUUCAGCCCUCCUUUUCCUGUAGUCCACGAUCAUCUCCUUUGUCUUGCUCACAUUGAGGGAGAGGUUGUUCUCCAGGCACCACACUGCCAGGUCUCUGACCUCCUCCCUAUAGGCUGUCUCAUCGUUGUCGGUGAUCAGGCGUACUACCACUGUUGUGUCAUCAGCAAACUUAAUGAUGGUGUUGGAGUCGUGUUUGGCCAUGCAAUCGUGGGUGAACAGGGAGUACAGGAGGGGACUAAACACACAUCCCUGAGGGGCCCCAGUGUUGAGGAUCAGCGUGGCAGAUAUGUUGUUACUAGGGGUGUAACGAUCCAUCUACUACAUCGAUGUAUCGAUUUAUAUUCCUAUGAUCCAACUACAUCGAUCUGUGCUCGGCGAGUUGGCCUUUUGGACAACAUAUAUCGAUCUAACAUCGUUUUAAAAUGUAAUAAAUCGAUUGUAUCGAUACUAGGAAAUAACCCAUUGGAUUUAAGCACGUCAGACUUUAUAUGCAGGGGUGCACAUAACUGGUACGCAGAUACGCAAGCGCGACAAAAAUCAGGAAUGCGUAAUGCCACUUGUGUUACUACGCGCCUUUGCGUACUUGACCGAUCUUCUCAUCUAACCUUACACAUGACAUGUUGCUUGUCAACUACUGUCAGGGAUGUCCAAAAAGCAACAGACAUUAAGCAGCUUCUUUGGCGUUUCGCCACCUACAAAGAAACGCCAACUGGAGCCAGAGCCGAAGAAAAUACUUUUUUCGGAAAAGUGGCUCCAAGAUGUGCAGUGGUUUGAAGCUAACGAUGAGCGCACUGAAAUGUGGUGCAAGAUUUGCCGCUCAAAUCCACAUCUAGCAGACAAAACAGGUGCAUUUUAUAAAGGCUCAAAGAAUUUCAACCAUCCUUUAUUUGACAAACAUGAAAAGAGCAAGGAGCACACGAAUGUGGCGCAAGCCAUUGCUAAAAGCUAGCCGAGAAUAAAUGUCUAGUCGCCCAUUUGCCAGAUGGCGAGACAAGCUGAAUGAAGAACAGCGGCAAGCUCUGUUUAAUAUUUUUCUCUUUCCAUAAAGCUAAACACGCACGUCCCAUGUCUUCCUAUUCUGAGGAUGUUCCUUUACUGAAGCGGCUAGGAGUAAAUGUCGGAGGUGCAUAUCAUUCACGUGAAGGGGGCACACGGAUCAUGCAGAGCAUCGCUCACACCAUCAGCGGGGAGUUACGAGCCAAGUUGCAGUCUGCUGAAUUUUGGGGGCUGCUUUUUGAUGGAUCUGAGGACAUCACAAAAACUGAGCAGGAAAUAGUUUACAUUGUGUCUGUGUCCAGCCACGGAGAGUUUACUUCGGACUUUAUUGGACUGAUUGAAUUGGGUGCUGACCGAACCGCACAGGCCAUAACAGACGGACUUGUGAGACUUUUCCAGGACACAGGCUUGGAUGACUGGACAACAAAGUUGGUCGCUGUGUGCACAGACGGGGCUGCUGUCAACGUAGGUAUCUACAACGGCGUUGUGCCAAAACUCCGGCAACAUGCUGCGGGUGGAGACUCCCUUGUGCACAUUCUGUGCACCGCACACACACUGGAGAAUUGCACGAAAUCAGCUGAUCGCAACGUUCCUUACUGUGAGACAUUUCAUCGCUCUGUGGUCAAGCUGCUGCAGUUUUAUUUACAAAAAGGUGGAGCAUAAAAAACUGCUGCACUGAAUAAAGCUAUGUGAAGAAAAUGGGAUCUCCUUUGUGGAACUGGGUAAGUUUCAUAAUACCAGAUGGUCUACAUGGAGGCAUGAAACACUGUUAAAAAUAUCAAGACUAUUGCCAGCCAUUAAAAUGCAACUGGUUACGAGUGAUAAGUGACUUGCAGCAUAUCUGCACAGAGCGUUUUCAGUGCUUUCUGUCAAACAUGCUUGACAUUUGCAACAUUUUGAAGACCACAUCCAUUAGGUUUCAGAAGGAAAAGCUGACCAUUGGAGAAUGUAAGGAUGAACUCAUGGUGGCCAUUGGACAGUUCACACUUCUGCUUGAUGGUGAAAGCCACAGGGCACACACUGUUUCCAAUGCUGAUGCUGACAGAGACAUGACACACUUACUCAGGGGGUUAAUUGAAGAGUUUGAAAUCAGAUAUGACUCCCUCAAGUCAUGUGAUCAUUUCUUAGUAUUUGAUCCUUCAACAUGGCCUCAGGAAAUGCAAGACCUCCACAGUUUUGGAAACACAACAGUUUGCAGCAUUCUCAAGAAAUAUGAGGCCACCUUGCAACUUGACAAAGAUACCACUGUGACAGAAUGGAUGUGCUUAAAGCAGGCAGGAAAACGCCUGGGAGCCUCUUCUGUGUAUGACUUGGUCCAAAUAGUAAGUACAAGUAACCCAGAUGCUUAUUCCAACAUCAACAAGGUGGUUAAGCUGUCUCUUACACUGCCUUUAAGCAGUGCAGCUUGUGAGAGGGGAUUCUCACAUCUCAACAUAAUAAAAACCAAGUACAGAUCUUGUCUGUCACAUGCUCGUCUCUCAGCCCUGAUGCACAUUCACCUGUCAAAGCAGACCACAGAGACAUUUGACCCAAAGCUUGCUGUUGAUCUGUGGAUGGAGACAGCUAAUCGGAGGCUCAACCAAGGACAGGGAGGUGUAUCUGCAGCAUCUUCAUCUACCAUGCAGGAAGCUGAAGCAGAGGACAGUGGGGGGCGACACUGAAGAGGACAGUGAGGAAGACUGUACUUAUUAAGACCACGCUACAUAUGGGGUGAGUACCAGACACCAUCUGCUGGUACUCACCUGAGUAACUCACUGAAAAAGGUAUGUGCACCCCUGUUUAUAUGGAUGUUUUUUCUUAGCACUUUUAAUGAUAAAGGCUUUAAACAUUACUCGAUUCAGUCUGCCUAUCCGUGACGUCAUCGCGCCAGCAGCAGCGCAAAGGCACCAAGACAACAAAACAUAGCAUGGCGGACGACAGAGGAGAAGGCGACGAGCGAGAAAUUAUCAAGCCACCAUUGCGGUCCUUACAAGAAACAGGAAUCUAGGAAACUUCACCUGCACUGUCCAGUAUCCAGGUAUUUAUUUCAGUCACACUGGUUGAAUUUUUGGCUAAAAGGUUACUGAAUCGAUUUCAAGUCACUGAAUCGUUUCGGAUCGUAUCGUUCUAAAUGAACCAAUAUCGUCCUUGAAUCGUAUCGACAACCACGAAUCGUGAUACAAAUCGAAUCGUUGUUAAAAUGAAUCGUUACACCCCUAGUUGUUACCUACCCUUACCACCUGGGGGCGGCCCGUCAGGAAGUCCAGGAUCCAGUUGCAGAGGGAGGUGUUUAGUCCCAGGGUCCUUAGCUUAGUGAUGAGCUUUGUGGGCACUAUGGUGUUGAACGCUGAGCUGUAGUCAAUGAACAGCAUUCUCACAUAGGUGUUCCUUUUGUCCAGGUGGGAAAGGGCAGUGUGGAGUGUGAUUGAGUUUGCGUCAUCUGUGGGGCAGUAUGCAAAUUGGAGUGGGUCUAGGGUUUCUGGUAUGAUGUUGUUGACGUGAGCCAUGACCAGCAUUUCAAAGCACUUCAUGUCUACCGAGUGCUACGGGGCGGUAUUCAUUUAGGCAGGUUACCUUCACUUCCUUGGACACAGGGACUAUGGUGGUCUGCUUGAAACGUGGGUAUUACAGACUCGGUCAGGGAGGGGUUGAAAAUGUCAUUGAAGACACUUGCCAGUUGGUCUGCGCAUGCUCUGAGUACACGCCCUGGUAAUCCGUCUGUCCCCGCGGCCUUGUGAAUGUUGACCUGUUUAAAGGUCUUACUCACAUCAGAUACGGAGAGCGUGAUCACACAGUCAUCCGGAACAGCUGGGGCUCUCAUGCAUGCUUCAGUGUUGCUUGCCUCGAAGCGAGCAUAGAAGGCAUUUAGCUCGUCUGGUAGGCUUGCAUCACUGGGCAGCUUGCGGCUGUGCUUCCCUUUGUAGUCCGUAAUAGUUUGCAAGCCCUACCACAUCCGACGAGCAUCAGAGCCGGUGUAGUAGUCAAUCUUAGUCCUGUAUUGACGCUUUUUCUGUUUGAUGGUUUGUCUGAGGGCAUAGCGGGAUUUCUUAGAAGCAUCCAGAUUAGUGUCCCGCUCCUUGAAAGCGGAAGCUCUAGCCUUUAGCUCGGUGCUGAUGUUGCCUGUAAUCCACAUCAUCGAUGCACAUAUUGAUGAAGCCGGUGAUUGAGGUGGUAUACUCCUCAAUGCCAUUGGAUGAAUCCGGGAACAUAUUCCAGUCUGUACUAGAAAAACAGUCCUGUAACGUAGCAUCCGCUUCAUCUGACCACUUCCAUAUUGAACGAGUCACUGGUGCUUCCUGCUUUAGUUUUUGCUUGUAAGCAGGAAUCAGGAGGAUAGAAUUAUGGUCAGAUUUGCCAAAUAGAUGGCGAGGGAGAGCUUUGUAUGCGUCUCUGUGUGUGGAGUAAAGGUGGUCUAGAGUUUUUUUUCCCUCUGGUUGCACAUGUGACAUGCUGGUAGAAAUGAGGUAAAACGGAUGUAAGUUUGCCAGCAUUAAAGUCCCCGCUUCUGGAUGAGCGUUUUCUUGUUUGCUUAUGGCCUUAUACAGCUCGUUGAGUGUGGUCUUAGUGCCAACAUCGGUUUGUGGUGGUAAAUAGACGGCUACGAAUAAUAUAGAUGAAAACACUCUUGGUAGAUAGUGUGCUCUACAGCUUAUCAUGAGGUACUCUACCUCAGGCGAACAAUACCUCGAGACUUCGUUAAUAUUAGACAUCGCGCACCGGCUGUUAUUGACAAAUAGACACACACCCCCGCCCCUCGUCUGACCAGAUGUAGCUGCUCUGUCCUGCCGAUGCACAGAAAACCCAGCCAGCUCUAUAUUAUCCAUGUCGUCCUUCAGCCACAACUCAGUGAAACAUAAGAUAUUACAGUUUUUAAUGUGCCGUUGGUAGGAUAGUCUCGAUCGUAGAUCAUCGAGUUUGUUUUCCAGUGAUUGCACGUUGGCCAAUAGAACCGAUGGUAAUGGCGAUUUACUCACUCGCCUACGAAUCCUAACAAGGCACUAUGGUACAGCAAUUACCAUCGGUUCUAUUGGCCAACGUGCAAUCACUGGAAAACAAACUCGAUGAUAAAUGUAUUUAAUUACUUUGUAAAAUGAAUGGAUUCACAUACAAGGCAUAAAACGUACGUUAUAAAGCAUUAACAAGCAUUACAAGGCAUUAUUCUAAGCAUGGUCAGAGAGAGAGAGAGAGAAACCAUAGCCUGAAAGGCCAUGCCCCAAAAGUCCAUGGAGUGGAGAGAGAGAGAGAGAGAGAGAGAGAGAGAGAGAGAGAGAAGAGAGAGAGAGAGAGUGAGAGGAAGAGAGAGAAAGAGAGAGAGUGAAAGAGAGAGAAAGAGAGAGAGAGUGAAAGAGAGAGAAAGAAAGAAAGAGAGAGAGAAAGAGAGAGAGAGAGAGAGAGAGAGUGAGUAUCUCACCACAGCAGGUCAGGAACAAAUAAGAAAAUAAAAAUGAAUCUUAGACCCUUUUAUAAGCAUCUGAGUUGUUGACCAAUAGUAUUACUGUAAAGUUAACCACCAAUCAGAUAUCAGACCUAUAUGAUGUAACCUCUGCUUCUCAGAGUUGAGACAAUGGGGGUUGACAAGACAACACAGAGAAUGGUGAAUUCCUAAGACAGCACAGAGAAUGCUGAAUUCCUAAGACAGCACAGAGAAUGCUGAAUUCCUAAGACAGCACAGAGAAUGCUGAAUUCCUAAGACAGCACAGAGAAUGCUGAAUUCCUAAGACAGCACAGAGAAUGCUGAAUUCCUAAGACAACACAGAGAAUGCUGAAUUCCUAAGACAGCUCAGAGAAUGCUGAAUUCCUAAGACAGCACAGAGAAUGCUGAAUUCCUAAGACAACACAGAGAAUGCUGAAUUCCUAAGACAGCACAGAGAAUGCUGAAUUCCUAAGACAGCACAGAGAAUGCUGAAUUCCUAAGACAGCACAGAGAAUGCUGAAUUCCUAAGACAGCACAGAGAAUGCUGAAUUCCUAAGACAACACAGAGAAUGCUGAAUUCCUAAGACAGCACAGAGAAUGCUGAAUUCCUAAGACAGCACAGAGAAUGCUGAAUUCCUAAGACAACACAGAGAAUGCUGAAUUCCUAAGACAACACAGAGAAUGCUGAAUUCCUAAGAAAACAGAGGAGAUUAUAGUAUACAGUAGAUACAGUAGAUAAGGAACCCUCUUGUAGAAAUACUGGCUGAGCAGGCUUUUGCUCUAGCCCUACACAAACACGUAAUUAAACUAGUGUGGCUGGAACAAAACUGUUAUGUGAAUUAUUUAACAAACUAUUUCAGUUUCUCUGUGCGUCUCCCAAAAGGUUGUAAGUCUUUUGGGAUUAAGUAACGGCCAGAGUCCCGGUCUGCAUAGUCAGAGAUAUUUAUUCAUUGAGAAUUCUGCCAUCACAAUUUCAGAGUCCAUCUUUUAUACUCAUACGUCAUACAAAAAAAUCCCUCCCCUCUGUAGGAGGGCUGUAGUUUUCCACUCUAAAACUGCUCUACUGACCAUCAGUUCACACACACACACACACACAUAUACACACAUGCAUACACACAUACACACACACACACACAUACCCUACUCCCUGCAUUACUCAGUUAUUGCCGUUCUCACAAUAUUCUGCACCAUGUUUUCAUAACAGUUUCUCCCCUCCCUAAAUUGGGAGGCCUCUUAAUCUUAGUUUCUCAGUUGUCUUUGUUGUCUGGCCUAACUCUUACUCACAUUGCUAAAUAGUGGCUCAAUGCCAUAGCCUUUACUGGUCAUACACUCACACAUUUCUAACACAUUAUACACAGUUUCAGGGUGUAAUAAUUAGUCAUUAAUAAUUAAUCUAUCAAUUCCACCCUUUGACUAAAUAUUACACACAUACAAAAUAUAUGUUGUUAUAUAAAUGAAUCACACUCAUUGAAGUAUAUAAGUUGGUUUGCAUAUAAAAACAUUACAGGUUCAUCAGGGUUACCCCAUGAUUAAAAGCGUAACGUUACUUUUUAGCAAUGGUAACUAGUACAUCAUACUUAAAAUGAGACUUUAAUACACAAAAGAUCAUUACAAUAACUUUUUAACUAGAGAUUUAUAGUUCUAGGAAAACAUCCAGUCUCAAACUGGAUCGUCGUCGUCCUCCACCAAGCCUGGUAGGUCAUAUCCUUCAUUCCUUAGGUCGGAGUCCAGGAUUGGGCCGUAUCUCACCAUCUGUUGGGAAACCACCUUCUCCAUCUCCUUUUCUCACCAACCCUCAGACACAGGGAAUAAGACAACAUCCACAAAGAACAAGUAUACCCAUAGAAGCUAUAACUUCACCCAGAAUAGUUACAACAAUAGUUUUCCAUUUACCAAAUAUGUUAUCAAACCAACCGUUUAUGGAGCUAUCAAUACGAGAGUUCUCAGCCAGUUCGUUAGCCAGCGUGGUUAGUCCCUGAAGUGCUUUGGUCACGGACCCGUCCGGUGCUGUAUUGUUUGGGGAUGAAAGUACAGCACAUAGAUCCAAACAGAACACAAACUCCGCCCCGCUCAGCCAAAAGCAUAUCUAAAGCUAUUCUAUUCUGCCAUGUCAUUAAGCUAGUUACCACUGUCUGCUCAGCUAAUCCCUUUAUUGCAUCACGAGUGUGGUUUAUAAAUCUUCGCUGGUUAUAAUAAAUAUAAUUCAUCCAAUCUACGCUUUUAUUAAUUGUUGACCACCAGAAAAUACUUGAUUCAAACCCAGCUGCGAUCUGAUUCCUAGCUUUGAAUUCUUCUGGAACCCCUCGAGGUACUCCUAUCCCAUCAAUAUAUAUCCUUUCAUCAAAGGAUCCCGGGAGGAGGUCCCACUUUCUACGUGACAACUCACCAGUCUCUGACACAUUUGAUUGUUUGCGUAUGUAGGCGAGUUCACAAUCUGUUAUCACCAUACAACCAUCAGAUGCCAGCACGGGCCUGGUUUUGGGUCCUAAAAUCCUCUGGCUGCAACAAUGAGGAGAGAUUAGUCAUGGUCUCUUUAGUUGUGACAUUCUCUGUGUGGGAGCAGGAGCUAAGAUGCCCUACCCUGUAUCCUAUCUUAUUAGUCCUAGAAAAACAAUAAUAAUCCCCUGAGACUUCAAACGGAGGCAACCUAGGUCGGGGUGACUUUGUUAUGGGGGAUACAGAUAGUGCAAGUUACCAUAAGACUCCUUCACCACAUUCCCAGGUGGCUUGAACAAUUUAAUAAUGGAGGAUAAACCUGACAGAGAGUCAAAGCCUGUCAAUGUCAACGGGUGCUGAAGGUGGGUGUGGUGCAGGAAUCAAGCGCAGGACGCAGAAACUAAGUCCAAAAGACUUUAGUGAAAUAUUCACGUAGUACACGAGCCCAACAAGCCCGGAGGCGAAAUAAAGACGCACACAGGCGUCAAACAAAAGGCGCACUAACAUGUGCGAAAAACCUCUCGAAACAACGGAGGGAAACACGUAGCACAGAACAUCAAACAGAAGCGUAAUCACACACAACACCUGACACACACAACGAGAACUAAAUAGGACACUAAUGAAGACUAACUAGAAACAGGUGUACAACAUCAAGACAAAACCAAACGAACAUGAAACAUACAACGGUGGCAGCUAGUACUCCGGGGACGACGACCGCCGAAACCUGCCCGAGCAAGGAGGAGGAGCAGCCUCGGCCGAAACCGUGACAGUACCCCCCCUUGACGCGCGGCUCCAGCCCUGGCCUCGGGGACGACCAGGAGGACGCGGAGCAGGGCGCGUGGGAUGGCCCCGGUGGAACUCCGACAGGAGAGACGGGUCUAGGAUGUCCCUCCACGGCACCCAGCACCGCUCCUCCGGGCCGUACCCCUCCCACUCCACGAGAUACUGGAGACCCCCCAUCCGACGUCUUGAGUCCAAGAUGGACCGAACGGUGUACGCCGGAGCCCCCUCGAUGUCCAGUGGGGGCGGAGGAGUCUCUCCUAUCUCACCUUCCUGGAGUGGACCAGCUACCACCGGCCUGAGAAGAGACACAUGGAACGAGGGGUUAAUAUUCUUAUAUUCAAUAGGCAGAUGUAACCUAUAACACACCUCGUUCAGUCUUCUCAGGACUUUAAAAGGCCCCACAAACCGCCGACCCAGCUUCCGGCAGGGCAGGCGGAGGGGCAGGUUUCUGGUUGAGAGACAGACUCGAUCUCCGGGUGCGUACACCGGCCCCUCACUGCGGUGGAGAUCGGCGCUCGCCUUGUGUCGACGGAUGGCCCGCUGCAGGUGGACGUGUGCAGCGUUCCACGUCUCCUCCGAGCGCCUCAUCCAAUCAUCCACCGCAGGGGCCUCGAUCUGGCUCUGCUGCCAAGGUGCCAGAACCGGCUGGUAACCUAACACACAUUGGAAGGGGGUUAGGUUGGUAGAGGAGUGGCGGAGAGAGUUCUGGGCCAUCUCGGCCCAGGGAAUAUACCGAGCCCACUCCUCCGGCCGGUCCUGGCAAUACGACCUCAGAAACCUACCCACAUCCUGGUUGACUCGUUCUACCUGCCCAUUGCUCUCCGGGUGGUACCCCGAGGUAAGGCUCACCGAGACCCCCAAACGCUCCAUGAACGCUCUCCAGACUCGGGAGGUAAACUGGGGGCCUCGAUCAGACACUAUAUCCUCGGGUACCCCGUAAUGCCGGACGUGGGUAAAUAGUGCCUCUGCGGUCUGUAGGGCAGUAGGAAGACCCGACAUAGGGAGAAGACGACAGGCCUUAGAGAACCGGUCCACAACGACCAGGAUGGUGGUAUUCCCCUGAGAGAGGGGAAGGUCUGUCACAAAAUCCACGGAGAGGUGGGACCAUGGUCGUUGUGGAACGGGCAGGGGUUGUAACUUACCCCUGGGCAGGUGUCUGGGCGCCUUACACUGGGCGCACACCGAGCGGGAGGAGACAUAAACCCUCACAUCCCUGGCUAACGUGGGCCACCAGUAUUUAGUGCUAAGACAAUGCACUGUCCGGCCAAUACCCGGAUGUCCAGAGGAGGGUGACGUGUGAGCCCAGUAAACGAGUCGAUCCCGAACCUCGAGCAGAACGUACUUCCGACCCACAGGACACUGUGGAGGGCUAGGGUCGGCACGCAACGCCCGCUCGAUUUCAGCAUCGACCUCCCACACAACCGGUGCCACAAGAUAAGACGCCGGUAGUAUGGGAGUAGGCUCAACGGACCUCUCCUCCGUGUCAUACUGCCGGGACAGCGCAUCUGCCUUACCGUUCUGGGACCCAGGGAUGUACGUGAUUUUAAAUACGAACCUGGCGAGAAACAUACUCCAUCGAGCCUGGCGAGGGUUCAGUCUCCUCGCUGCCCGGAUGUACUCCAGGUUCCGAUGGUCAGUCAAAAUGAGGAAAGGGUGUUGAGCCCCCUCAAGCCAAUGCCUCCACACCUUAAGGGCCUGAACUACAGCUAACAGCUCCCUGUCCCCGACGUCAUAAUUACGCUCCGCCGGGCUGAGCUUUUUAGAGUAAAAAGCACAGGGGCAGAGUUUAGGUUGCGUGCCGGACCGUUGAGAGAGUACGGCCCCGAUACCGGCCUCAGACGCGUCCACCUCGACCUGAAAGGGUAAGGCGGGAUCCGGAUGCGCCAGCACCGGAGCCGACGUAAACAGGUCCUUCAGUCUCCCAAAGGCCCUGUCCGCCUCAGCUGACCACUGCAGGCGCACCGGACCCCCUUUCAGAAGGGACGUGAUGGGAGCUGCCACCUGUCCAAAACCCCGGAUAAACCUCCGGUAGUAAUUCGCAAAGCCCAAGAACUGCUGCACCUCUUUGACAGUGGUUGGGGUUUGCCAAUUACACACGGCUGACACACGGUCCACCUCCAUUCUCACCCCUGACGCGGACAACCGAUAACCCAAAAAGGAGACCGACUCCUGGAAAAACAGACAUUUCUCUGCCUUGACAUACAGGUCGUGCUCCAACAGCCUCCUCAAUACACGACGCACCAGGGCUAUAUGCUCAGCUCGGGUAGACGAGUACACUAGAAUGUCAUCAAUGUACACGACCACCCCUUGCCCCUGCAUAUCCCGGAAAAUCUCAUCCACGAAGGAUUGGAAGACUGAUGGAGCAUUCAUCAACCCGUAUGGCAUGACGAGAUACUCGAAAUGACCCGACGUGGUACUAAACGCUGUUUUCCAUUCGUCGCCCUCCCUAAUGCGCACCAAGUUAUACACGCUCCUGAGAUCCAGUUUUGUGAAAAACCGCGCUCCGUGCAAUGACUCCGUCAUGGUCGCAAUCAGAGGGAGUGGAUAACUGUAUUUCACAGUAAUCUGAUUGAGACCACGGUAAUCAAUGCACGGGCGCAACCCUCCAUCUUUUUUCUUCACAAAAAAGAAGCUUGAGGAUGCGGGAGAAGUGGAGGGCCGUAUGUAUCCCUGUCUCAAAGAUUCGGCUAUGUAAGUCUCCAUAGCUUUUCUCUCCUUUCUCUAGCGCCAGCACCCCCGAGCUCCAUAGGGCUCGGCUCGGAGGUGCUGGAGGGUGGAAUGGACGGACCCCACUCGGGACGUCCACGGGUGGCCAGCAGGGUGUCCAGACGGAUGGACAUGUCGACCAACUGGUCGAAGGUGAAAUUGGUGUCCCUGCAGGCCAACUCACGUUGAACGUCCUCCCGUAGGCUACAUCGAAAAUGGUCGAUGAGGGCCCGUUCAUUCCACCCUGCGUCUGCCGCUAGAGUCCGGAAAUCCAGUGCGAACGCCUGUGUGCUCCUCCUCCCCUGUCUCAGGUAGAAUAGACGCUCCCCCGCCGCUUUGCCCUCAGGUGGAUGGUCGAACACGGCCUUGAAGCGAAGGGAGAACUCUGCGUAGGAGAUGGUGGUGGCGUCUAUCCUCCUCCACUCGGCGUUGGCCCAUUCCAACGCCUUGCCCGUGAGACAGGAGAUGAGUGCGGAAACGCUCUCGUGUCCCGAGGGCACCGGGUGUACAGUGGCCAGGUAGAGCUCCACCUGCAGGAGGAACCCCUGACACCCGGCAGCUGUGCCGUCAUACGCCCUCGGGAGCGAGAGCCGAAUCCCACUGGGUUCCGGACCUGGGACUGGUGGACCGGCCGAUGGGGGUGGCAAGGUAGGUGGAGGUGUGGGUACCCCUCUGGACUCCCAUCGGUGCAGGGUGUUGAUGACAUCCUGUAGAGCGGUCCCCAGUUGUCUGAUCUGGUCAUCCUGGCCGCGGACAUGCUCCUCCAGCGACUCAGGUGUGGCUGUUGCUCCUGCUGAUUCCAUUAUAUAUGGUGUGUGAUUCUGUCAACGGGUGCUGAAGGUGGGUGUGGUGCAGGAAUCAAGCGCAGGACGCAGAAACUAAGUCCAAAAGACUUUAGUGAAAUAUUCACGUAGUACACGAGCCCAACAAGCCCGGAGGCGAAACAAAGGCGCACACAGGCGUCAAACAAAAGGCACACUAACAUGUGCGAAAACCUCUCCAAACAACGGAGGGAAACACGUAGCACAGAACACCAAACAGAAGCGUAAUCACACACAACACCUGACACACACAACAAGAACUAAAUAGGACACUAAUGAAGACUAACUAGAAACAGGUGUACAACAUCAAGACAAAACCAAACGAACAUGAAACAUACAACGGUGGCAGCUAGUACUCCGGGGACGACGACCGCCGAAACCUGCCCGAGCAAGGAGGAGGAGCAGCCUCGGCCGAAACCGUGACAGUCAAGGGGAACGGAGUAGUUGUUAACCUUGGUUUGGCUGUCCCACAGGCAUAACAGUCCUCUUUAGACAUAGUUCUUGCCGUAUACUGAAUCCAUUCCAACCACAGGUUAGGAUCUCCACUCCCCGUCUCCACCUGUACUACUUCCACAGCCCCGGUCUCACUACCUCCCUCAGAGAGGUUUACUCUAUAGGGUGCCCCAGUUGAAGAGGAUAUCUCACUUGUCAGGUCUGUAACCUGUUUUAGCGUAUUUCAGACUUUCAGACAGUACCUACCCUUAUAUGGGUCGCACUGCCAUUUCUGGUAAUUCCCUACUUUCACAAUACUACACCUGUCCUUAAACUGUGUAUGGAGAUUGACAUAUCCCCCCCCCGUUCGGUAUGAGCAACUACAUAGUCCCAGGAUGUACAUGGUGACAUACAUAUGGUGAUGUCCUUCCCUAAAGUCCCUAGUACUUCCCCUUUCCCUACGUCUAGCUGUCUCCUAUGCCUUCGUAGACUGUGCUCAGGUAUUAUUUUAUCAACUUGUGUUAGGUUAACUACUACUUCUGGCUGAUCAGGAGGGCCUGAGUGUGUUAGGAAUAUGGCCCCCACAAUCAGACAGCUACCUACCGUCAGGAGACCUGUGAAUCCCCACCCUCGCCCUGAGAACAUGUCAGACGCCAGAGGUCAACCCAUUGCUUCACCUUCUAUCGAACUCACACAAGGAUGAUCAGACAGGGUAAGGGAAUCUUCGUUAAGGAGCCAACCCCCGAGCCCUAGUGGUGAUCGGUUCUUUCUCCUAACUCUGUGUUUGUUCGUCAGGUGUAACUGGGUUUACCUUUUUGCAGUGUCUGACAUGCACCCAGAUGGAUCUCUCAGCUAUUCUGCUGGCAAAGGCAGUAACCAAUUGGACUUGGUAGGGCCCUUCCCAACAGGCCUGCUUCCAGUUUUUCUUCUUUUAGGGACUGGAUGCUCACCAGUCUCCUGGUUAGAUAGAGUGGGUCACCUUCUCCUUUAGUUCACCUGUGGGGCACAAAACCUCUGACAUACGGGUGUGGUUAAUAAAUUAUCUUCUCACGUGUUCUGCUAGGGUGCUCUCUAGUUCUAUGUCUGCCUGUCUGGUCCUGCCAACUGUGGCAUUCUGUAAGGUCUUCCAAACACUUUCUCAAAGGGGGAUAACCCAUCUUUAUCUGGGGUUACUCUAAAUUUCUUUCCUUCACUCCGUGAUAACUCUAUAAAAUCAAUUUCCAAUUGCUGGAAAGGGUACUUAGCCGGAGGAUACUCUCCCUGAGGUGCCCUUUGUCUGCCCUGGUGAUUAUUUUGAGCACAGAUAACACAUCUUGAACAAUUAUUAUUAUUAUUUCUUUUUUAUAAUUAGUAAUCCCAUGUGCAACAAAGUGUUGUCUAAUCUGUUCUACCAUCCAUCACUCCUUUUGACACAUGUCACUGCCCAUGUGUCAAUAUUACCACCUACCUAAACAAUCACUUAGGUAAUAUUGGUAAUUUAUCAUCCAAUUGCCAUCCCUUAUUUUUAUUUAUUGGUAAAAUAAACUAUCUUAAAGUCCUCCUCUCAUGCCUUUAGAAUUUACCAGUGUGGAUGAUUAAUUAACACCAGAAAGUUAAAACAGAGUUCAGAGGCAAUUGAAAUUCCAUCCCAUAGUAUACCAAACAUUACCAUUAUUCUAAAUAUUUAAUAAAUGUUACUUAUCCCAAGUGUUCAUUAAGUCCUCAUGACAUUCAUUCUCAUAAGAAAUCAUAUAUACCCCAAACUCAGUCAAAACCGAAAACUCCAUAAAAUUCACUGUGCGUGCUCCUCCAAGACCUAUCACCCUUGACCUGCUGAACCCCCCCAAAAUUGAAACAACAAGGCUUUAUAAACAUCAUACUAGGUGUGUUGUUUUUUAUUUGAAAACCACAAUUAAAAAACAACAACCAAACAGCCAGGUCAUGAGGACUCCUGAUUUCUCUCUUCCCCUUCUGCCUACAGUUUCUUAACUGGUGCCCUUUCCUUGCACAGUAACUACACGGUUCCUCACAUUCUCUAGCAAAAUGUCCCGUUUUGUCACAAUUGUAACACUUCCACUCACUCCUGUCUCCACUAUUACCAUUUCCUUCUUGUCUGUCUUUGCUACCGUAACCUCUCUUCUCUCCUAGGUAUUGACUAAUAGUCUCACUGUCUCUAAUUCAACACAAAACCCCAUCAUCAAAUGUACUCCCAGCAGAACUGAAAAAAAAUUAAACAGACUGUGAUUUCCAGGACACUGCACCUUUGUUUCUGGCCUCACUAUCUCCCCGGGAAUUGGCCCUCCCUCAAGGUCCCUCCCAAUCUGCUCUUGGUAAACUGCAAACCUUUUAUUGCUUCUGGUUUCAUAGGGUAUUGCUUCUGAUAUGGCCUAUGAUUAGAUUUGGGUAUCACCUGUACUGGAAUUACCCCUUUUAUUAAUCCUACGUCUGCUGGACCCCGGGACCACAAAUGCUCUGGAACUUCUUUUAAGUCUGACUCCUGUUGUUCUGUCAACAGGUAUUCCUCUCCUCAGCAUCUGCUAUUCUCAUCUAAAUGUACUAUCUGUGGAUGGGCUGUGUUGAUCGCCACUCACAAUAUUGAUCCAAUCAGUGAUCCUCUUACCCUUGGAUACCCACUGGCCCAUGUCUUUCCAGUCUUCUGCUGGCUCCUUUGCUAGGGACACAUGUGGGCUCCCUCUUUCCCUGAACUUUGGGGCCCUAGUUCCACCUCCACUGCUGCGUGGGUGUUGUCAUAGUGAAACCAUUUCAAGGCUAUAGUCCUUUCUGUGGUUUUAAAUAAUGCUUCCUCAUAGAUUGCAUCUGGACCUGGGUGUUUGUUAUACCAGAGAGUACAGUGUAGGUCAUCGGGGGACAUUUUAGUGGGGCCUGGUACUACAUCACCAGCAAGUUCCAUCAAGGUUUGGGGAAUAUCAGUUAUUCCCCCCCUUAACAAAUCUUGCCUAUACCAAUAACAUGGCACCCCUUCCCCACAGACCACCAUAUUGUCUCUGACUAUGUGUACUUUCAUUCCCCUCUCAGUGGAAAUGACGGCCACAUUCAAUUUAGUCAUUACAUCACGUCCUAGUAAAUUUACCGGACACAGCUUAGAUAUCAGGAUGGGAAUGGUUGCCUCUCAUCCUGAUUGGUCAUGUUUUAGGGUUAUUGGGGCUGAUAACCUUUCAAUACAUUGAUAAACAGAGGCAGAUCGCACUAUGAUUUUCUCCCCAUCAAUCCUGACUCCAUCUGGCUUGUCUGUUGCACAGAUUGCUGUCCUGCAGGCUCCCGUAUCACAAAGGAAUUUAAUUUUCUUACCCAUUACUGUCAAUGUCAAAUAAGGUUUCUGUUCCUGUUGAAGUGCUAAGUCAAUAGUAGCCAAUUCAAACACCUCACAAUUUUGAUCAAAAGGGUUCCUUAGUCUUCCCCUCACUAGAGUCUACUCUUUCUCCCUCACGCUCAAAGCUGGGGGAUGGACGUCUGUUAGGCUUCUCUCUUUUCUCUCCCCGGUUUCCCUUCUUGCCCUCUCCUUUAUGUUUGCAUCGGGAAAAGUUAUGGCCUAUCUUGCCACAGUAUUUACACGGGGCCUCACAUUCUUUGGCGAAGUGCCCUCCCUUGUUACAGUUAAAGCCCCUAUUCUCCCCCCCCCCCCCCCCCCCCCCCCCCGUGGCCUUCACUCUUUCCUGCCUUAUCUCCUCUCUCUCCUAAGUUUCUAGUUCUACCCGCCAUCUCUCCCAGAGUGGCAAUUAGUUACUCUGCAUCUUCCUCUUCUUUCUUGGCUCUGUCCUGUCUGUUAUUCUGCUCAUGAUGGGUUGCAUGUCUCUCUGAGGCUAUUACACAAUUCAGUUGUUUUCCCAACAUACUCUCCGUGAUCGGCCCAUGGCAAAAGUGUCCUCUGGGCAUCCCCUGAAACCCACUGCCCUCUAACGGCAGCCCAAACCUUACUAUUCCUGUUUCGGGGUGGGCCAUUCCUUCUACCGCUCUGGCCACGUCCUCUGUGUUCAUGGCCUGUCUGCUAAAUGGCAUAUUAUUAUUAUUACUGUAUACAUCUAAGGUUGCUGGGGCCCCUUUCAUUCCCCGCCAAUAGAUUAGGUAAGGCUAUCAGUGGGUACUGGCCCCCUCCUACUCUCUCUCUCUCACUGCUUCUUUCUCCUUUACACACCUUAUGUAUCUGUUUAAGCAUGGAUUCGAGUUUAUCUGCGUCUAGACGUCCCUCAAAACCAUACCUCUCCCAACACCUGGUUACAUAAUGGAGAUUUAUUCUAUCCCUGGAUUCCAUUUUAAUUACAUCAAGUAUUUCUCGUCCCCAGUAAAUUCUGGGACCUCUUGUGAGGAUUUGCCCCCCAUGGUUGGUACUGUUAAAAAUCCCUUAGCCACCUCUUCUAUAUAACAAGUCAAUUUAACAAGUAAUUCAAAAUAGCUUCACACAACAACACCUUGAAUCACCCCUUCCUGUAUAUGUAAUCUUGACUAGUCCCCCAGAAUUAUCUCAUACUUUUACAGAGGGAUUUAUCCCCACAAUGUAAUCUUGAUAAUUCCUGACAGUCUCAUACAACAGGAAUGGGUUCUCCCUCCUCUAUACAACCACCUGGAAUUAUUAAUAAAUGUGACUUUUGAGCAAACAUUAGGUCUCACACGUAUACAACCUUACAUGAUUAUUGGUGUUAUAUCGGUAGCCUGGAGUUUAUAAGGCUCCAGAACGGAUAGAGUUACAGCAAAAUCUACAGUUGUUUGUGACUUUUGACUUUACUAAUAUUAUAUUUCUCACACAUGCUAUUUUAAUUCCUUCUGGUGUACUUUUUGUAUUUGUUUAACCCGGAUUAUUUGUUGACUGUUCAAUAAUCUCUUACAGGUUCCAUCCCAUAGGUGUACUUUUAAUAGUUCCUUCUAUUUCAACACCGGGUAGUUUCUUUUGGUAAUGGCCUAUUACCGUGAAUCAUUACGGACCCACCAACAGGUUGACUAGUCCCCCAGAAUUAUCUCCUACUCUACGGAGGAGUCUAUCCUCACAAUGUAAUCUUGAUAAUUCCUGACAGUCCCCUACAUUUCACUUAAAAUGGCUACGCAUUGAUCAAUUUGCUACUUAUCAAUAUUUUAGCAAGUUCUCAAAUCAAUUUCACCAAGUAAUGAAUAAAGACUACUGACCUUAUCCUUGCAGCCGAGAUUCAAUGUAGGUUUGGAUUCCGUCACCGUCUCUGUCAUUAAUCAGGUGUCCUCUGGCCUGUUUUAACCCUUAAUGUCAAAGGGCAGGACUUUCUAUUUACCAAUGUAUCAAUCGCCCGUCGACGGUUUUCAGAGUUACCUGGAAUGACAGAAACAGGGUAUUGGAGUCCGGCUCAGAAGGACCAAGCUGUUAUGUGAAUUAUUUAACAAACUAUUUCAGUUUCUCUGUGCGUCUCCCAAAAGGUUGUAAGUCUUUUGGGAUUUAAGUAACGGCCAGAGUCCCGGUCUGCAUAGUCAGAGAUAUUUAUUCAUUGAGAAUUCUGCCAUCACAAUUUCAGAGUCCAUCUUUUAUACUCAUACGUCAUACAAAAAAAAUCCCUCCCCUCUGUAGGCGGGCUGUAGUUUUCCACUCUAAAACUGCUCUACUGACCAUCAGUUCACACACACACACACACACACACACACAUAUACACACAUGCAUACACACACACACACACACACAUACCCUACUCCCUGCAUUACUCAGUUAUUGCCGUUCUCACAAUAUUCUGCACCAUGUUUUCAUAACAGUUUCUCCCCUCCCUAAAUUGGGAGGCCUCUUUAUCUUAGUUUCUCAGUUGUCUUUGUUGUCUGGCCUAACUCUUACUCACAUUGCUAAAUAGUGGCUCAAUGCCAUAGCCUUUACUGGUCCUACACUCACACAUUUCUAACACAUUAUACACAGUUUCAGGGUGUAAUAAUUAGUCAUUAAUAAUUAAUCUAUCAAAAACCCUGCAGAAGGGUAGAUGCAGGAGGGCUGGCCACCUCUUUGCAGUAGGUAAUGAUACUUAUCAUAAACACUAACAGUAACCCAUAUCAGCAUGCUGUGCCCAAAUGAUAUGGUGAGUUCAGUCCUUACAUUGACCCUUCUUCAGUUGGAUCUUCAACUGCAUGAGGAAAGCAGACAAGAACAGUGACGCCAAGCUGAGUCAGAAGGAGCUGAAGGACUUCCUGCACCAGAUCAACAUCGAGGUGGACGAUGAAUACGCAGAGAAGCUCUUCCAGGUGAACACUUGAAUUAGACUUUAUUUUAUUGUAUAAUUACAUAACUUUUAUAAUUCUCAGAAAAACAACAUCUAAGAGCUCAAAUCCUCUUCCAGGUGAACACAUCAUAAUAUAAAAUAUGACUUCAAAUGUAGAGGCCUUGUGCACAGCAGUGCGUCUCUAAGGUGCUUGUUCUUGAGGGAAAACUUUGUCUUCUGUCUUUCCCACUCCACCUCCAAGACAGACAAGGAGGCAGGGUCAGGUGUCAGGGGUCAGGGGGCAGGGGUCAGGGGGCAGGAACAGGGGCAGGGGGCAGGGGGCAGGGGGCAUGGUCAGGAGGCAGGGUCAGGGGACAGGGUCAGGAGGCAGAGUCAGGAGGCAGGGUCAGGAGGCGGCAGGGUCAGGGGGCAGGGGUCAGGUGGCAGGAACAGGGUCAGCAGGGGGCAGGGGGCAGGAGGCAGGUGGGCAUGGUCAGGAGGCAGGGUCAGGAGGCAGAGUCAGGAGGCAGGGUCAGGUGUCAGGGUCAGGUGUCAGGGUUAGGAGGCAGGGGUCAGGAGGCAGGAGGCAGGGUCAGGAGGCAGGGGUCAGGGGCAGGGGGGCAGGAGGCAGGGGCAGGGGGCAUGGUCAGGAGCAGGGUCAGGAGGCAGGGUCAGGGGACAGGGUCAGGAGGCAGAGUCAGGAGGCAGGGUCAGGUGUCAGGAACAGGGGCAGGAGGCAGGGUCAGGGGACAGGGUCAGCAGGCAGGGUCAGGGGUCAGGAUCAGGAGGCAGGGUCAGGAGGCAGGGUCAGGAGGCAGGGGUCAGGAUCAGGAGGCAGGGUCAGGUGGCAGGGUCAGGAGGCAGGGGUCAGGGGUCAGGAGGCAGGGGACGGGUCAGGAGGCAGGGGCAGGAGCAGGGGACAGGGUCAGGAGGCAGGGGGCAGGAGGCAGGGGACAGGGUCAGGAGGCAGGGGGCAGGGGACAGGUCAGGAGGCAGGGGGCAGGAGGCAGGGGCAGGGGGCAGGUCAGGAGGCAGGGACAGGGGUCAGGAGGCAGGGGUCAGGGGUCAGGAGGCAGGGGGCAGGAGGCAGGGGUCAGGGGUCAGGAGGCAGGGGCAGGGGGCAGUGUCAGGAGGCAGGGGUCAGGUGGCAAGGUCAGGGGACAGGGUUAGGAGUCAGGGUCAGGAGGCAGGGUCAGGAGGCAGGGGUCAGGAGGCAGGGUUAGGAGGCAGGGGUCAGGAGGCAGGGUCAGGAGGCAGGGUCAGGAGGCAGGGUCAGGAGGCAGGGGUCAGGAGGCAGGGUCAGGAGGCAGGGGGCAGGGUCAGGAGGCAGGGGUCAGGAGGCAGGGUCAGGAGGCAGGAGGCAGGGGUCAGGAGGCAGGGGGCAGGGUCAGGAGGCAGGGGUCAGGAGGCAGGGUCAGGAGGCAGGGGGCAGGGGUCAGGAGGCAGGGGGCAGGGUCAGGAGGCAGGGUCAGGAGGCAGGGUCAGGUGUCAGGAACAGGGGUCAGGAGGCAGGGUCAGGGGACAGGGUCAGCAGGCAGGGUCAGGGGUCAGGAUCAGGAGGCAGGGUCAGGAGGCAAGGGUCAGGAGGCAGGGGUCAGGAUCAGGAGGCAGGGUCAGGGUGGCAGGGUCAGGAGGCAGGGGUCAGGAGGCAGGGGACAGGGUCAGAGGCAGGGGGCAGGAGGCAGGGCAGGGGGCAGUGUCAGGAGGCAGGGGUCAGGUGGCAAGGUCAGGGGACAGGGUUAGGAGUCAGGGUCAGGAGGCAGGGGUCAGGAGGCAGGGUUAGGAGGCAGGGGUCAGGAGGCAGGGUCAGGAGGCAGGGGGCAGGGUCAGGGCAGGGUCAGGAGGCAGGGGUCAGGAGGCAGGGUCAGGAGGCAGGGGUCAGGAGGCAGGAGGCAGGGUCAGGAGGCAGGGUCAGGAGGCAGGGUCAGGAGGCAGGGGUCAAGAGGCAGGGUUAGGAGGCAGGGUCAGGAGGCAGGGGUCAGGAGGCAGGGGGCAGGGUCAGGAGGCAGAGUCAGGUGUCAGGAACAGGGGCAGGAGGCAGGGUCAGGGGACAGGGGCAGGAGGCAGGGUCAGGGGACAGGGUCAGCAGGCAGGGUCAGGAUCAGGAGGCAGGGUCAGGAGGCAGGGUCAGGAGGCAGGGGUCAGGGGUCAGGGUCAGGUGGCAGGGUCAGGUGGCAGGGUCAGGAGGCAGGGGUCAGGAGGCAGGGGACAGGGUCAGAAGGCGGGGGGCAGGAGGCAGUGUCAGGGGGCAGUGGUCAGGAGGCAGGGUCAGGUGGCAAGGUCAGGGGACAGGGUCAGGAGGCAGGGUCAGGAGGCAGGGGUCAGGAGGCAGGGUUAGGAGGCAGGGGUCAGGAGGCAGGGUCAGGAGGCAGGUCAGGAGGCAGGGGGGCAGGGUCAGGAGCAGGGGUCCGGAGGCAGGAGGCAGGGUCAGGAGGCAGGGGUCAGGAGGCAGGAGGCAGGGUCAGGAGGCAGGGUCAGGAGGCAGGGUCAGGAGGCAGGAGGCAGGGGUCAGGAGGCAGGAGGCAGAGGUCAGGAGGCAGGGUCAGGAGUCAGGGGUCAGGAGGCAGUGGUCUGGAGGCAGGGUCAGGAGGCAGGGAUGCAGGGUCAGGAGGCAGGAUCAGGAGGCAGGGUCAGGAGGCAUGGUUAGGAGGCAGGGGUCAGGAGGCAGGAGGCAGGGUCAGGAGGCAGGGUUAGGAGGCAGGGUUUAGGGUGCAGUGGUCAGGAGGCAGGGUUAGGAGCAGGGUUAGGUGCAGGGGUCAGGAGGCAGGUCAGGAGGCAGGGUCAGGAGGCAGGGGGCAAGGUUCGGAGGCAGGGGCAGGAACAGGGGCAUGAGUCAGGGUCAGGAGGCAGGGUCAGGAGGCAGGGUUAGGGUGCAGGGUCAGGGUGCAGGGUCAGGAGGCAGGGUCAGGAGGCAGGGUCAGGAACAGGGGCAGGAGUCAGGGUCAGGAGGCAGGGGUCAGGAGGCAGGGGGCAGGGUCAGGAGGCAGGGGUCAGGAGGCAGUGGUCUGGAGGCAGGGUCAGGAGGCAGGGAUGCAGGGUCAGGAGGCAGGAUCAGGAGGCAGGGUCAGGAGGCAUGGUUAGGAGGCAGGGGUCAGGAGGCAGGAGGCAGGGGCAGGAGGCAGGGUCAGGAGGCAGGAUCAGGAGGCAGGGGCAGGAGGCAGGGGGCAGGUUCAGGAGGCAGGGGCAGGAACAGGGGCAGGAGUCAGGGUCAGGAGGCAGGGUCAGGAGGCAGGGUUUAGGGUGCAGGGGUCAGGGUGCAGGGUCAGGAGGCAGGGUCAGGAACAGGGGCAGGAGUCAGGGUCAGGAGGCAGGGUCAGGAGGCAGGGUUAGGGUGCAGGGUCAGGGUGCAGGGUCAGGAGGCAGGGUUAGGGUGCAGGGGUCAGGAGGCAGGGUCAGGAGGCAGGGUUAGGGUGCAGGGGUCAGGAGGCAGGGGUCAGGAGGCAGGGUUAGGAGGCAGGGGUCAGGAGGCAGGGUCAGGAGGCAGGGUUAGGAGGCAGGGUUAGGAGGCAGGGUUAGGGUGCAGGGGUCAGGAGGCAGGGUCAGGAGGCAGGGUUAGGGUGCAGGGGUCAGGAGGCAGGGGUCAGGAGGCAGGGUUAGGAGGCAGGGGUCAGGAGGCAGGGUUAGGAGGCAGGGUUAGGGUGCAGGGGUCAGGAGGCAGGGUCAGGAGGCAGGGUCAGGAGAGCAACAGCAUUUUGAAGCACCAAUGAAUCUUUUUCUCCCUAUCUCCAUCCUGUAGGAAUGUGACAAGUCUAAUAGUGGCCACCUGGCUGGUGAGGAGAUAGAGCAUUUCUACAACCUUUUGACCCAUCGCCAGGAAAUAGACACGAUCUACGGAGAAUACGCCAAGACCACGGGCUUCAUGAGCGCUGAAAAUCUACUGGAGUUCCUGAUUAAAGAGCAGAGAGAGGAUGCGACGCUAGCCGACGCACACAGACUCAUCAACAAGUACGAACUGGAUGAUGAAGGUGAUUACCAUUUGUUCUUCGGGAAUGACCAUGUUGACUUUAGUUACUAUGCCUUCACAACAACUUAUACGAGCGUUCAUAAAGUCUUCAUAAGCCCUACAUACAGUAGAUGUUUCACAAAUCAUUUAUAAGAAAAAUCCUACUAAACACAGCAUUCCCUGUAGGGUGAGUCUGGGCAGCUCUCAAAUGACAGAUGGGAGCUGUCCAAAUCAUUUCAAACAGUUCAGAGUUAACUUUCUAUUCAAUAGCGAGACUUCUGUUCAUUUUUGAAUUCUCACCAGUCUAUCUUAGUAGUUAGAGUCUGACAUCUGUCUGGUCUCUCUGCAGUCAAAGAGAAGCAGCUGAUGACCCAAGAUGGUUUCCUGAUGUAUCUCCACAUGCCCGAGGGUCUGGUUCUGAAUCCUACCCAUAAGGCCGUGCACCAGGACAUGAGCCAGCCCCUGAACCACUACUUCAUCUCCUCGUCUCACAACACAUACCUGAUGGAAGACCAGCUCAAAGGGCCCAGCAAUACUGAGGCCUAUGUCAGGUAUGAAUGGCAGACAUCAUCUAGGGCAGUGUUUCUCAAACCUCUCCUGGAGUAACCCCAUCUAGUUCCACUUAUUUGAUCCAUUCUGGUAUUAGCACGCUUCAUUCAAUUGGUCUGGAGCAAGUUUUACUAGCUUCUAUUCUCAUGGAAGACUCUGGGGACAUUUAAGAACCUUAACGUGUCAGUGUCUGCCUGUGAAUGAGUUUAACAUUUAAAAACCUUAACGUGACUGCCUGUGAAUGAGUUUAACGUUUAAAAACCUUAACGUGUCAGUGUCUGCCUGUGAAUGAGUUUAACAUUUAAAAACCUUAACGUGUCUGCCUGUGAAUGAGUUUAACGUUUAGAAACCUUAACGUGUCAGUGUCUGCCUGUGAAUGAGUUUAACGUUUAAAAACCUUAACGUGUCAGUGUCUGCCUGUGAAUGAGUUUAACGUUUAAAAACCUUAACGUGUCAGUGUCUGCCUGUGAAUGAGUUUAACGUUUAAAAACCUUAACGUGUCAGUUUCUGCCUGUGAAUGAGUUUAACGUUUAAAAACCUUAACGUGUCAGUGUCUGCCUGUGAAUGAGUUUAACGUUUAAAAACCUUAACGUGUCAGUGUCUGCCUGUGAAUGAGUUUAACGUUUAAAAACCUUAACGUGUCAGUGACUGCCUGUGAAUGAGUUUAACGUUUAAAAACCUUAACAUGUCAGUGUCUGCCUGUGAAUGAGUCAAGUCAGGACAUGUUGUUAAACAGUUAUGACUCUUCGUAGGGCUCUUAUAAAACAGUUAUGACCCUUCGUAGAGCUCUUUUAAAACAGUUAUAACCCUUCGUAGGGCUCUUUUAAAGGGCUGUCGCUGUGUGGAGCUGGACUGCUGGGACGGGUCAGACGGAGAGCCAGUCAUCUACCAUGGCUACACCCUCACCUCCAAGAUCCUCUUUAAAGACACCAUCAAAGCCAUCAAGGAGUACGCCUUUAAGGUAGGAAAGGAGUUCCAUGUCAACUUUGUAGAAUUGUGUGUCUGUCCUGUCAUGUUUAAUUCAUAUCAUGCUUGAUGACACAGAUUUCCUUUUUGCAAAUGAUUAAAUACAGACGGUCAUCAUCCUCAUCGACAGAGACCCAAAAGGCUCGGCCUGGCCCUUUGUCAAAUACUUGAGCUGCACUUUUAUUUUGUUUACCCAGUACAAUGGAAUCAAAGGAAUACUCCCAAAAGUGUAAACAUGCGAAAUCAAGCGCCUACUGUAUUUGACUGUCUCUGUCCUCAGACCUCCGACUACCCAGUGAUCCUGUCCUUGGAGAAUCACUGUAGUGUGGAGCAGCAGAGGGUCAUGGCCCAGCACAUGAGCUCCAUCCUGGGCAGCGCUCUGCUCACCUCCCCCGUGGGGGACCAGAUGCCCACACACUUCCCCUCCCCAGAGGUGAGUUGGCUAUAGUCUCUACUCUACUGUUUUAUAUAAGAGUCACUGUCUGCAUGUAUAUUUGGCUAUAUGUGUAUGAUAUGUGGAAUUCUCACAGUUCCCUCUUUUGACAACACGUGCUAGAUUUACUUCCCUCUGUUUUAUGAGCCUAGUGCUUCCUAGGACCAGGAGCAUUUCCUGUCCAGGAAUGUCUCUAGUCCCUAGUCAGGAAGAACUUUAAAAUAUACACUGAGUAUACAAAACAUCAUGAACACCUUCUCUUUCCAUGACAUAGACUGACCAGGUGAAUGCUAUGAUCCCUUAUUGAUGUCACUUGUUAAAUCCACUUCAAUCAAUGUAGAUGAAGGGGAGGAGACGGGUUAAAGAAGGAUUUUUAAGCCUUGAGACAUGGAUUGUGUGUGUGUGCCAUUCAGAGGGUGAAUGGGCAAGACAAAAUAUUUAAGUGCCUUUGAACGGGGUAUGGUAGUAGGUGCCAGGUGCACCGGUUUGUGUCAAGAACUGCAACACUGUUGGGUUUUUCUCACUCAACGUUUGUUUCAAGAAUGAUCCACCACCCAUUGGACAUCCAGCCAACUUGACACAAAUGUGGGAAGCAUUGGAGUCAACAUGGGCCAGCAUCCUUGUAGAACGCUUUCGACACUAACAAAUUGAGGCUGUUCUGAGGACAAAAAAAGGGGGGGGGGGGGGGGGGGGGGGGGUGCAACUCAAUAUUAGGAAGGUGUCCUAAUGUUUAGUAUACAGAACAUACAGGGGGGGUGCAACUCAAUAUUAGGAAGGUGUCCUAAUGUUUAGGAUACUCAGUGUAUAUAUUUUUAUUGCAUCACAUUAUCAGGGGAUUUGUGAACUGACACAUUAAGAGAGACACAUUUUAAAGUAGGCCAACUACUACAUUUCUGCAUGUGUCACAUUCAUCAGGAGCUGAAGGGGAGGUUCCUGGUCAAAGGGAAGAGGUUAACUAAACUGGAGGCCUGCUUUGGCCCUGAGGCGACAGCCGUGGAUGAUGGUAGCUUCACUGAGGAGGAGGACGACGAAAAGGAGGAGGAGGAAGAGGAGAAGAAGGCCAAGGUAGGGGAAGAGGAGCCAACCCUACUA